UGUCCAGCGAACGUCGACUAGACGGUGCUUGUUACCUACUACCUCUUACCUGCCUAGUGGCGCCUUGUCAACUGUGCCCGUCCGUUCCUUCUUCUUUGUCGCAACCCCUCCAAUUUUAGAAAACCGAACAAUACCAAGCAACUGGAGGCGUCGCAAGAGCUAAUUGAGCCUCAAGACCCUCACAGUCGUCCCUCGAAGCAUUAUCCAAUACCUUUAAUCGCCCCAUCGCCAGCCACGCUCUCUUGUGCCUGAUUCCCGAGUCAUUCUUUCCAUUCUCCUAUUGUGCCUGACCCGACCUCCCGCACUGCAUCAUAUUCUCCGCUUUUUUCGAGACACAAACCUAGUGACGUCCGCCCAAGCCGAACAGGCCUUACUCGGCAUCCCCAGUCUGUCGAGAGCAGGGCUCCGAAGAAACCUCAUAAUCCAGCGUCCCCGGGCACUUGCCCCCGUCCCCCCCCUCCCGCGCAACAACCACUCUGUCGAGCAUAGCAAAAGUCGCCGUCUCUCUACUCCCGCCUGUCACUACCAGACCUCGCGUCUCCGAUCCUCCUCGGCCGCAACCGCCAUCGACUUGUUGAUCGACACGAAACCGUCCCCAGUCUCCACCACCCGCCAGCGACCAACAUGCCAAACUGAGAAACACACGCCACACCUCCUCCGGUGCCUGUCUCAAAACUCGGGGUGUGCGCCCUCCCCCGGUCUCCCCUGUGCGACCAGGGACCAUCCGUGCGCCUCGAUCGCUGUCUACCCGCCCUCGUCCGCUCUGGGACUUCUAUUCUCGUCCCGUCUACCUCGUUUUUUUUCACAGCCACCGAGCUGGUUCUUUAUCGCCAUCGCCGUCCUCCUCCUCGUCAAUAACAGCACAGUCGGCCAUCCCGCAGGCCGGAAACGACUUGUGCAGACGGCGGGACCGGUCUCUCACUCUCACGGCACUCUAUUCUCACUCUCCUUUGACAAUUCUUUCCUUUGCUCGUGGGCUUCGGCACCACUUUCGACCUUGUAUUAUCAAUUUUUCUCCUCUUUUUUUUCUCUCUUCUCUCCUUUCUCUUGUUUUCGUAGGCCGUGAUAUCCUUGAGAGGAUAUCACCGGCCUCCUUUCUUUUUCUAUAAUGGGUUGUGGAGGCAGGAAACAGCACGCCGAGGUGCGCCCGGAGCAAAAAUGGGACUACAUCAGCUUGACCGACUUCAAGUCGACGUCCUGCUGGGCCCCCUUCGCCUAUGGCUACCUCUACGUCUCGCUCCUCAUCUCAAUGGCAGUCUACAGCGUCGAUAGCUUUACCGCCGUCAAUCUGCUGGCCUUCGACAAGUGGCCCUCGGAGCUGCAGCCCGCAGUCGGCCUCGAAGUCUCCAAAUGGAUCUUCUCCGUCUGCAUCAUACUAUCCUUUCUCAAUCUCGCGUACGAGCACAUCCGCGCCCAGAGAGUCAUGAACAGAGGCAGCGUCGCCGAAAGCUACCUCGACAACUUGGCCGUCCGCCUCGAGAGCAUCAAAAUGGGCAAGGGCAGGGGCUGGAGGAGGUUUCUGGUCUUCGCUGAGCUCACCAAGAGCAAGAAGGGUGCCGAGUACGCGGCGCUGUUCACCUACUUCAGCUUCCAAUCCUGGUUCCGCGUCAUCGUCUGCUCCGGCCCGCGCCAGGCAAUCAACGCCAUGACCCUCUGGAAGGUCUACAACAGCAAGCUGUCCGCUCAGAUCGGCCCCGAUGUUGGGAGGUCUAUCUUGAGCUUCUUCCAAAAGAUUAAGAUCCUGGCUGAGACCGAGACACGGCUUGCUCUCAUUCUGUCGGGCAUGUUGUUCACCCUCGUCAUCUGGGUGAUUUCGAUGCUAGCCCUCAUAUCGGCCGUCCUCAUCUUCAUCUUCUUCCUUUGGGCCUACGUCCCCUCCGAGGAUGGGUCUCUCAGCGCGUACUGCUCCCGGAAGAUUAACAAGCGUUUGAUGGCGAUCGUGUCGGAGAAGGUCAACAAGGGCAUUGCCGAGGAGGAACGCCGGAGGAAGAAGGCGGAGCUCAAGGCCGCCAAGAAGGCGGGUGAGCGCCCGCCUGAGGAGCUCAAGGCCACGCUGCCCGACAUCGGCGACGACAAGCUCCCAGCGAUGCCCGUGCUCUCUCGAUCCGACACGAUGGCGACCCUCCCUGCGUACAGCUCCCGCCCUGGUACUCCGGGCGACUACGAGCUGAGCCAGUUCAACGAGAAAACUCGCAUGCCUCCCUCUCGAACCGCAACCAUGUCGUCAUCAGUCAGCUCCAGAGCGCCUCUGAUGGGCACCGCGGCCGAGUUUGGGCGAUCGGCUUCCCCGGCUCCGACCCUUCCCAAAAUGGACCUGAACAACUACCCUCCUGUCCGACCUGAAACUUCAUCGUCGAUGAGGGGCUACGGCCCCCCACCUCCCGGCCGCAUGGGGCCCAACGGGGCCCUCGGAGGCGGCUACACGGCGAGUCCCGUCCCAUACUCGAGCGAGACUGUGCCGCAGCUGCCCCGCCCUGCCAUGGGCUACCACCGGCCGCAAGGGAGCAACGGCUCGAUGGGUGGGUUUUCCCAAUACAACUCCAACGACCGCGCCAGCCCUGCCCCCUCGAUGCCUCCGCAGAGGGGCCCUACUCCGGGACCUAUGUCGCAGGGUGGCGGUUACCCGCAGCGUAGUGCCACCAACCCAAUGCCUCCACGGGGCCCUCAAUUCCCUCAGCCCCAGAGAAACAUGACAGCCCCACCAAGGCAACAUACGCCUGCAAACGAUUAUUACAACAGCAUGUCACCGGGACCGGGAAACCGAGGUCCUCCACCGCCUCGUGGCGGCUACGGGAACGGCAACGGCUGGAAUUCAGAUCUGGAGUCGCAAGGCGGCCGUGGUCCCAGAUACUAGGUGUUUCGUCGAACGACCAUGGUAUCCUACUAUCGCUACUACUGGCCAGGGCGCCGGUAAAGGCUGGAUAAAGCCAGGUUGGAUCUGUUUUCUUGCGUCACAGCACCCGGGCUGCAUAUAACCGGGCUGAGUUCUAAACACACAAGAUAUGUAUUACUGCAAUGGUAUCCUCUGAC